AAUAUUUGAGCCAAAGAUCUCAUCAUUGCAGCAGCACUGACCAGAGAGGAUCACAUCAGCUUCACCAGGGAGUUUCCUAUUUCUUUACGUUCCUGUUCUCAAUGACUCGACUGCGCUUUAAGGACGCUUUCUGGUGCCCAGAAUUUACCAGUUAUGUUGGGCACGAGGUCUUACUGGAGCGGUUACAGGAAGGCCGAAAAAUGUGCAAGGACAUGGAGGAACUGCUGAGACUGAGGGCAUAUGCAGAAGAGAAAUAUGGGAAGGAGCUGGUCCAUAUAGCCCGCAAAGCUGGAGGUCAAAUGGAGAUAAAUACUCUACGAAUAGCAUUUGACAGUCUAAAGCAACAAUUGGAAAACAUUGGAAAUCUACACAUUCAGCUGGCAGUCACGUUAAAGGAUGAGGCAAAACGCCUGGAAGAUUUCCGGGAGAGGCAGAAGGAGACUAGGAAGAAGUAUGAAAAUGCCAUGGACCGUGUUCAGAAGAGCAAAGUGGCUUUGUAUAAGAAGACACUUGAUUCAAAGAAAUGCUAUGAACAGAAAUGUAAAGAAGCAGAUGAGGCUGAGCAGAGUGCUGAGCGUGUUCAAUCCUCAGGAAACCAGAAGCAAGUCGAAAAGAGUCAGAAUAAAGCCAAGCAAACUCGUGAUGCAGUGAAUGAUGCAGAACAAGUUUACCAGCAGAAUGUGGAGCAGCUGGACAAGGUUCGACAGGAGUGGGAGCAAGAGCACAUCAAUACCUGUGAGGUGUUUCACCAACAAGAAUGUGACAGGAUCAACAAUCUGAGGAAUGCCCUGUGGGUGCACUGUAACCAGCUCUCCCUGCAGUGUGUGAAGGAUGAUGAGUUGUAUGAGGAGACAAGGAAGGUUUUGGAGCUCUGUGACAUUGAUGCAGAUAUGGAUUGUUUCAUUCAGAAGAAGAUGACUGGAACGCGUCCACCAGCUCCCAUAGAGUACGAGAAUUACUACGACAAGUUAUCUACCACGGAAAAUCGCGCAGUUGCCUCUGCCAGGAAUGGAGGGAUGUUGAAAAGGUAUUUUCCUAACCUUAUCCAUUUACCCAACAGGAUUACCCAUCUGUUACCAGGUCAUACAUCCAAAUCCAAUAGCAGCAAUUCAAUCAAUACAACUGCGCCACCUCCAGCAGAGGAUUUGUACGCCAGUGUUGCUGUUCCACAACAUGAAAAUCUAAACAACUACAGAGUACUCUACGAUUACACUGCUCAGAACAGCGAUGAGCUAGAUAUAACCGCCAAUGACAUCAUCCAGAUCACGGCUGAAAACGAGGAUGGCUGGUGGACAGCGAGUCGCAAUGGAAGGAGUGGUCUAGUCCCAAGCACCUACCUGGAGAAAGCUUGAGAGCAUCAGAGACCAGCCAGCUACGCCAGUCCAGCUCCAUGUCCCUUGGAACAGGUCGAGAGGAACAGUAAUCCCUGAAGGUGGCUGGGGAAGCACAGCAAGCUGUUUCACUUUUUAAAAUCUGUGUGACAUAGUUAGGUGGGAACAUCCACAGCUUUCUGAAGUAGAUUGAUGUUCAAGUGAUGUUUGAUCGUCACUCCCGUGACCUUCACCUGCAUCACUGAUUGGCCAGUUCCUGUGGAAAAUACUUGUGAAAUGAUGCUUUGGUAGUCUAUUUCAAACUCUGCUCAUC